CACCCUUUAGUCGUGUUGAGUGCUAUUCAAGAUAUCCUGCUACAGAUUCAUCUUCGUGAGUGUGGUUUGCUGUGAUGAUAUCAUAGCACCACUGUUCUCCCUUUGGUAUUUGUUUUUAUUCCAUGCAUCAUCUGCCUCUCGCGCAUGCAGUUCGCUCUACCAGCUUUCAUCGCAUCAGACAUUCACACCUCUACAUCUUGGCUAUCCAGUUCUCUUAUUUUGAGAUCCCCACGUCUAUCAUCGUUUCUGUGCGCUCUUUUGAACAUACACGUAUCAUGAUGGUUCGUAGGAGUGUUUUAUAUCGUUGUGUCAUCUCCCUCUUCCUCUCUCAUUUCUUUCUACCAAAACGUGGAUUGACCAAAACCUAGUAUACCCUUCUUAUACGAUUCCUAUGUAAUUGGAGACCUUAUCUUGACCGCUCGUUAAUUGUU